GGGUGAGGUGGGGGGCUAAAGGAGGGACCUCCCCCCUCCCGCUCAUACAGCCGCCAGCCUCACGCCCGCAGUAGGUGAGACAGUGAUAGGAGGAGGUGGACCGACUGUGUGUGGAUUACUGUAUGAGCAGAGUAUGGGCAACAGGAUAGCCAGAUGAGAUGGUGACUCGGACACUAUGGCUAUGGCUCUGUGUGGUCUGGCUCACUACUUGGUUCACCGAGGCCAUUAUCCACCCCAGCGCGGCCUCGGUUUGUGACCUAGGUCCAUGUAGAUGUGCCCGAGGACUGCUGGUGUGCGAUUGCUCGAUAUCUCCAGCUAAGGAAAUUGUUCUGAAGAAAGAGAUGUUCGAUAUGUACAUCUUUAGCUCCAUCAAUGUUGUCAAUUGUGUCCACGUGCAUGUGACAUCACGGGCUUUGUCGGAUCUGCCAGCUUUGCAACAGUUCAGUGCUACCAACAUCGCCAAGCUCACUUUGGAGGAACAAGCAUUCUUUUGGCGGACCAACAACGAAAAACACAGCGGUCUGUUGGUCAACAUCACCAACACCGUCAUUCCGGAUAUUCCCAGCUACAGCUUCCAAGGCUCUCUUCGGCACAUCUGCUUCACAUCCGUCAGCGUCUCGCAUGUACGACCGUUCGCUUUCUCGUCCAUCGACCAUGCCGAGAGGAUAGAUUUCACAAGAGUCCACUUCGCCGAUUUGGAACCACAGGCGUUCAAGAAGUUCAGUGUCGAGUUUUUAGUUAUCGCCGACACUAGUGUUAAUUUAAUCCCCACAAGGACUAUGAUAGACAUCGACGUCCAUCAAGAGGUACUUUUGCGCAACGUGACAGUAGGAGAAAUAGAACAGUCUGCUUUCAAAAUAUAUGAUCCGAGAAGUUUUAGAAUCAGCCAGAGCAAUGUAGAAUUCGUUCAAGAGAAAGCAUUCCAUGUGCACACUAAAGGAGAUGUAUCCAUUCAUGACAACAGAUUCGGCCGUCUGGAAGAAGACGCCUUUGUCGGAUUCACUGUGGAGAGGAAAUAUUUCGAAGAGGCCGGCAAACAAGAUUUGAUCUUCGAGAACAACACUUUGAAGAACUUUGAGAGUGGGUCUCUGACGUUCAAUACCUCGGGGUUCAAUCCCAGACUGGAUUGGAUCAUGAUCAGCCAGCAAUGUUCUUGCCCCAGCGUCUCAACCUGGGCGACCGAUCUCGUAUACUUCUCUUCGAACCCGAUCUACAAAAUCCAGGUUCCUCAAAUCGACACCGUUAUCUACUGCUUAAACCCGAAACCCAUGAGCAUCAGAGACUUUUUGAGGUCAUAUUGCAACGUCACGAAAUCUAGUCUCCUCGUAAAGGUUCUGGUGGGCAUCGGUGUUGUGACUUGUGUGGUGGUCAUCGGUCUGGUGGUCUACUGCGGCUUCCAGAGGCGGGCCAAACGUUACAUCAACGUUCCCACUUCGCCUUCCGCCUUGCGGCCCGCCGACUACAGCAAACCUCACAUGUUGGUGGUGCCUGAGGGCAAAACGUACCGAGAGACCGAACUGCACGUCAUCGUGGAGCACGCCGAAGCCAUCGUGCCCACGGAGUACGUCAAGGAGAGGCCCGACAAGGGCGACCAAUGACCCUUAUCGUCAGUAUUCUGAUCUCGUACCUACUUAUGUCAAUGUUACCAAAUAUUCUGCUGUUGUAACGGAAACUACCACCAUAUGAUGGCUAACUGUGAUCAUUCUUAUAUUUAGUGUCUAGAAGUAUCUUUAGAGUUAACUUUGAAGUAACAUAUUGUACAUUCCGUUAAGAAAUAAAACCAUUUAUAGAAACAUUGAGUAAA